CAAAGUUCGUUGAUUUGUCGAAAUCUAAUCUUCAAUCCGUAGUGUGACACGGGCUUUAGUUUCUUGCUCUUGAGUUCGUACGAAGGUUAAUUUGUUGAUAGUGUUUACGAGUUUGCUUGAAAAUUGUAUUUUACAUAAUUUGGAAAUGGAUGAAGCAUCGAAUACAUCAUCUGCUAAUUCCGCGGUGGCGAAACAUGCAGAAAGAAUGAAAAGGCUCAAAGAUCUUCACGGCAAAAGAAAUCAAGCAAGAAUGGAGAAUCACAAGGAAGUCGUAGAGGAGGAUAAAAGGAACAAGCUACCUACUAAUUGGGAGUCUCGCAAAAGAAAGGCAGAAUGGAUAAUGCAGGACGAAGCUGCUCGGAAAGAAGCAGAAGCCAAGGGUGAAGAUUACGAACGACAAAAAUUAUUACAAAUAGAUGCCACAGAAGCAGAACGAAUAGCCAGAAAAAAAAGAAGUAAGCAAAAUCCAGAUCCAGGCUUCUCUGAUUAUGAGCAAGCAGCAAUACGUUCGUACAAUAGGUUGGUGAAGAAUAUUAAGCCUAAUAUGGAAGCGUAUGAGGAAUCUAAGGAAAAGUUGGGAGCUGCUUUUUAUGGGGAUCGCAACACUAUACUGCAUGGUUUACAUGAAGACAAGAAGGAGGCGAUUGAUAAGAUGGUCACAAAUUUAGAGAAACAGAUCGCAAAGAGGGAGAAAUAUAGUAGACGUAGAAUGCACAACGAUGAUGCGGAUAUCGAUUACAUUAAUGAACGCAACGCCAAGUUUAAUCAGAAACUAGAGAGAUUCUACGGCGAGCACACGCGUGAGACUAAGUUGAAUUUGGAGAGGGGUACAGCUAUAUAAUAGGAAUAUGUUGUUGCAAUUAUUACAAAUAUCUUAUAUUUUACAUAUGUAUUAUACUAUAAUUUUGUACAAAUAGAAAUCUAGGAAGAUAAGAGUUUCACUGUAUUUUCGUUAUGUUCGAAAUGUACCUCCUGUGUGUUACUGACGAUACGAACAUCACUUUAUGAUAC